AUGUCUCUCACCUCCAGCGAGAGCACCCCUACCCUUUUAAAUGACUACACAUUCAAAACAGAUCUUCUCACCAUAAUGAGUGACACUGCCCCAGAGACAAAUGACAAGUUGAAGCAUCAUGCAAAAGCUAUUUUCCAGGAAGUAGGACCAACAAUGACCUCAAUAUAUCCAUAUGGGGUCAGCACAUAUAGGUUAUUGGAUGCAAUGAUUGAUGGCUCAGAGCAAGCUGGUUUGUCAACUGGUGUAUGCUAUGCAGCAGCUGCCAUCUCAGUGGCCUAUCAAAAGGGAGAGGCAUUGAACUCCUCUGCCUUUGAGUUAACAAAAUUGGCACAUGAUUGGUUCUUCUUCCUUCUCUGGCCUUUACAUAAGGGUUCAAGCUCAGUUCGUAUCUGGGGAUCUAUGCUAGUCAUGUUCAGUCUAGCAGAGCGGGGGCUCUUGCAGAUGUUAUGGUUGACUGUAACACCCACCCCCAAUGCUUCCAAAGUCAUUGUUGACACUGUGCCUGCAGCAUCACAAAAUUCUCACUUUCUGGAUCUGCUCACCAGACGAGAAGGUGAUAAAUGUGCAGUCACUGGAGCUUUGAAUACCUUCAAUGCACCACAUCCUCUUACUUGUCAUGAAGCACACCUCAAUGCUGCCCACAUUCUCCCAAGAUCCAUUGUUCAAGAGCAUCCAGAAGGCAAUCCCACCUUGACAUUUCUGCCAAGUGACCUGGGCCAAUCCACCAUGGGCCCACAUGAUGAUUGUGGGCCCAAGGUAUAG